AUGGAGCCACUAUCUCCGCGAUCAACCAACAUUCCACCAAAACCAAAAGUUGAAGGGGCCAAAAAGCUAUCCGUCAAGACCAAUCCUGCCCAAAAACAGCCAUCAUCCCAUCGGCACCAUGCGACACCUCCACCUCCAGAGGUCAAGGAGCCUGGCCCUUGCGGAGAGGAAUAUGAGAUAGGGAGCUUCCUGGGAAAGGGAGGAUUUGCAGUCUGCUAUGAAGGGAAGCUUGCAAGGAACGGACGUAUCUUCGCCAUGAAGGUUGUCAAAUCUGAAAUGCAGCAAAAGAAGAUGGAGGAAAAGAAAAACAUAUACGUGGUUCUCGAGCUUUGUCCUAAUGGUUCAGUAAUGGAUAUGGUAAAGAAAAGAAAGUUCCUAAGUCUGCCCGAAGUGCGAAGGUUUAUGAUACAACUCUGUGGCGCUGUGAAGUACCUCCACAAACGUCAUGUUGCUCAUCGUGACUUGAAGAUGGGAAACUUGUUUCUCGACCAAUGCAUGAAUAUCAAAGUUGGCGACUUCGGGCUGGCAGCCCUGAUGCUCAGCGAGAAAGAUGAGAAGAGAAGAAAGACGCUGUGUGGGACCCCAAAUUAUAUUGCUCCAGAGGUGCUGGAUAAGAGCAAAGGAGGUCAUAAUCAAAAGGUUGACAUCUGGUCUUUGGGUGUGAUAUUCUUUGCCAUGCUUACGGGUUUCCCCCCAUUUCAAUCAAAAACCCAAGAGGAAAUUUACAAGAAGGUGAAGUCACUGAGUUACGACUGGCCAGUUGACACCGAAAGUGCAAAUUACAUCCCGGACGAGGCCAAAGACCUAGUUACGGCUUGCUUGAAUCUUGCCGAAGAAAAAAGACCGGAUCCCGAUCAAAUUGUAGAUCACCCAUUCUUCAAUAUGUACCCCGGCUGCAUCCCUCGUGAACUCGAACCCGAAUCUCGCUCAUCACCUCCACAUUGGUUAACAAAAGACAGCCCUCGAGGCGACAACCCGGCUCCCGGAUACAGUUUGGAGUAUGACCAUACAUAUAGGAAACUUAUAUCCCACGUUACGAAUCCUACCCAGAGAUACAUCAUAUGUAAGAACAUCUUUUACGCUGAGUGUGGCGUUGGAAGACGGAGUUCAGGGGAAAUACGAAAAUCGGUGGGGAAAAGAUGUGGAAAAUCUGCUUUCGCUGAAUGUCUUACCGAGGAAGAGAGGGGACUCCAGCCUGUUAUGCCUCUGCCAUCCGACAGAGUCUACAGCUACUACAUUGAUAAUGGCAAGGAUUGGAGUCUUGACGAAGCGGAGGCGGAAAAUGAUCUUCCAGAGGACCAAGAAAGUAGCAAUGGAGCUAUUGAUGGCCGGAGUACUUUGACUAAAUCAAAGGCCGCCAUGAUAGCGAGAACCGAGAUCGCUCUGGCUGCCCAGCUCAAUCGCCGAGAAUCUGCUCCCAAGAAUCAUGCCGCCAUGCUUCGUCAACAGGCAAUUGCACCUCGUCCAGCAGCGAAGGACACUUCUUCAACUGCCACUCAAGCUACAGUGGCAUCCUCUGAUACUGUGCCGGAGAAGAAUCCAGCCAUCAGGAGUACUCGGAAUCUACUUAGCCAACGCCCUAUACGCACACGAUCACAGACUGCACAAGCCUACCAUGAGUCCAUGCGGGAAAAGAAUCGGGCACUCACUACAUCUAUGUCCAAAUCAACCUCAACCCCAGCGGCACUUGGCACUGCCUCCAGUAACAAACCCCCCAACUUGGGGUCUGCCCCUGUGGCUGGUCCCCAAAAUACCGAACAGGAGAACGUGGGUGAAGAACCUAUCAAACCAGCGGCGCGUCAGCCUAGAUCAAACGUGGGUUCCGGACGAACGAUACCUAUUCGGUCAGAUUCAACUUCUACCUUACGCCGGCAUCAGAGUCAAUCAUCAGUUACGGGCAGGGAUGUUGCAUCUCGUUCAAAUAAGACACAAGGCCUGACCAGAUCAGCAACCACCUCGUCAGCCGCAUCCAGCAGCGGCAGUAAAUCAAGGUCGGCGCUGGGAUCCGGUCCACUCCUUUUGCCAGAGGAUCAGUCAGAAAUACUACCAGGAUCAAGCGUGCAGGAGGUUGUAGCUGAUCUCCAGAUAUACCAGUCCAUCCUUCGUGAAAAACCUUCUCAAAGCUCGUUUAGAAACUCUGAGAGCAAACCUGCUCAACCCCAAUCAACUGCCAAGUCCGGAGCCCAUCCAUAUGUUGUGAAGUGGGUUGACUACACUAACCGAUAUGGGAUUGCCUACGUAUUGGAUGAAGGAAGCGUUGGCUGCGUUUUCAGGGGCGAGAAUGGCUACCCGGCAACAGGGGUAGUAGUCAGGGAUGGUGAAAGCCACCUUCGGCUAAAGGCGCGCGCGAAAGGAGAACCCGAAAAUGCCAACUCCUACUCAGAAGUCGAUCAGCUUGUUCCACGAAAUGGCAAGCCCAUUGAAUUCUAUGAAAAUGUAGAAAUUAAUCCAGACGGCUAUUCUGAUGGAACUGUCAGGAGAGCUCUUCUCCCUGCACGAACGUUCGAGACAAGACGGUCAAGCCCAGACAAGCCAGCAAAUGUUCUCUGCACAGUUCGAAGCGCUGAGAAGGCAAAUCGUGUCAGACUGGUAGAUCAGUUCGGAAAAUAUAUGGUAGGGUCUCUAGGGAGAGGCGCUAUUGAACCAUCGAAAUCAAAAAGCAGCGGCCAAUACAUCAAAUUCUACCAGAGGCUCGGAAAUGUUGGAGUCUGGGGCUUUGGAGACGGUGCAUUCCAGUUUAACUUCCCUGAUCAUACUAAGCUUGUACUAUAUCUACCCGAGCAGCGACCAGCUGAUCCAUCAGAGCUGGCCAGCUCCUGUAGAAUUGACUUCUAUCAUCUUUCACCGUCAGCAGCUAGAUACCUCGCUGCAAAAGGAAAAAUGCACCCCAGCGGUUUUGAUACCAGAACGGUCAUAUCAGAGCCGGCCUCUGCAUAUCUAUCGUCCAUCUCUGGUAUCUCUACCAAGAUUCCUGGUGUCACUACUGAACGGUUCAGGGACAUCCUCGAAGCAAACUCUUUCCCCAAGAAACUUGAAUUUAUCACAACUGUUAUUGAUUGCUGGGCUACUAACAAGAGACUUGGAGGAAGGGUCUCUCUCUCAUCUGUCUCCAAAGUCAAUGGUGCCAUAAAAUGUACCUCUGCGGACCUUUUCUGGGAUGGAGCUCAAGAACGAUCUUGGGCGAGCGCUUCUGGAAGCAAGUUUGUCUGGGUUUCGGUCGGAGCACAAGGAGGAGAUGGCGAUUACAUGUCAGUCAAACUCCAAACAAAUGCAGCAGGAGAAGUUGAGUGUGCCGGCAUGGAAGGAAAUCCUCAGCUUGGAGACCAGCUACAGAAGUUGGUCUGA